UUUCAAAUGCCUCCUACCGCAAUGAGUCUUUCUGAAAGUACCGACACUGACGGAACUGGAAUUAUUAAAAUUGACCCCUGGCUAGAACCUUUUACUCCCGUUCUGAAACGAAGAUACGCUACUUUAAAGAAAUGGAUUCAAGAUAUUAACCAACAUGAAAAGGGUUUCGACCAGUUUACACGUAGUUAUGAACAUUACGGUCUCAAUGUACAACCAAACGGUGAUAUAGUUUAUCGCGAGUGGGCUCCCAACGCUACGAAUGCAUGUUUGAUUGGCGACUUUAAUUGUUGGGAUACCUCUGCGCAUCCAAUGAAAAAAAAUUCAUUUGGUGUAUGGGAAAUAUCCAUGAUUACUCCAGAAGGUGAAAGAAUUGAUCGUCUUCCUGCCUGGAUCAAGCGAGUAACACAAGAUCUAUCUGUUAGUACUACGUACGACGCCAUCUUUUGGAAUCCACCUGAAAAAUAUUUUUGGAAAAAUAAAGCUCCUCAAAAACCAAAAUGUUUAAAAGUAUAUGAAGCUCAUGUCGGUAUAUCUACUACCGAAGGACGUGUCGGUACUUAUAAUGAAUUUACUGAUAAUGUGUUGAAACGUAUUAGAAAUCUGGGUUACAAUGCUAUUCAAUUGAUGGCAAUUAUGGAGCAUGCUUAUUACGCUUCUUUUGGUUAUCAAGUAACUAGUUUCUUUGCUAUUUCUAGUCGUUAUGGAACUCCUGAAGAAUUAAUGCGACUCAUCGAUACUGCUCAUGGCAUGGGCUUAUAUGUACUGCUAGAUGUUGUACAUUCACAUGCAUGUAAGAAUGUGUUGGAUGGUUUGAAUAUGUUUGAUGGUUCUGAUCAUUGCUACUUUCACGAAGGAGGAAAAGGGCGUCAUGAUCUCUGGGAUAGUCGCCUAUUCAAUUAUGGUCACUGGGAAGUCCUUCGUUUCUUACUAUCAAACCUUCGGUUCUUUAUGGAAGAAUACAAGUUUGAUGGUUUCAGAUUUGAUGGUGUCACCAGCAUGAUGUACAUUCACCAUGGUAUUGGUACAGGUUUCUCUGGUGGUUAUCAUGAAUACUUUGGUGAUUCUGUGGAUGAAGAAAGUGUUGUAUACUUGAUGCUGGCAAAUGAAAUGCUUCACUCAUUAUAUCCAAAUAUAAUUACCAUUGCUGAAGAUGUUUCCGGAAUGCCUGGUCUAUGUCGUCCCGUUUCCGAAGGUGGUGUUGGUUUUGAUUACCGUCUUGCUAUGGCUAUCCCUGAUAUGUGGAUCAAGUUAUUGAAAGAAGUGCGCGAUGAUGAUUGGAACAUUGGAAACAUCUGUUGGACUCUGAUUAAUCGUAGACAUAUGGAAAAAACUAUUGCCUAUGCAGAAUCUCAUGAUCAAGCUCUUGUCGGUGAUAAAACUAUUGCUUUCUGGCUCAUGGAUAAGGAAAUGUAUACUAACAUGUCAGAUUUGACACCACUUACUCCAAUCGUUGAUCGUGGAUUGGCUCUUCAUAAAAUGAUUCGUUUGUUGACGCAUGGCCUCGGCGGUGAAGGCUACCUCAAUUUUGAAGGUAAUGAAUUUGGGCAUCCUGAAUGGCUAGAUUUUCCGCGAGCUGGAAAUAACAGCUCAUAUCAUUACGCAAGGCGGCAAUGGAAUGUCGUUGAUGACGAUUUACUAAGAUACAAAUAUUUAAACGAAUUUGACAAAACACUACAACACACUGAAGAUAUUUUCGGUUGGUUAUCAUCUCCCCAGGCAUAUAUUUCCCUAAAACAUGAAGAUGAUAAGUUAAUUGUAUUUGAACGAGGAAAUUUACUUUGGAUUUUCAAUUUUCAUCCAACAAAUUCAUUCACUGAUUAUAAAAUUGGCACUGAAUGGGCAGGUGACUAUAAGAUAGUUAUUAACACUGACAAUGAAAGAUUUGGAGGACAUAAUAGAAUAGAUGAAAACCAGAAAUAUAUAUCACAGCCCCAACCAUGGAAUGAAAGAAAGAAUUAUAUUCAA